GUUGACGCAUGAAUAGUUCUUUUGAGGCGGAGUUAUUUCCUGUUUAUCUUUAUUUAAAACUUUUCUUAUUUGAGUUCUGUCUUGUGAUUAUGUCCGGCCAAAACGUGAACGUGUGUGAUAUCGGUGAAGAUGUGAAAGAAGUCCUGAAAAAGUUCCGUUUCCAAAAACACUCGACUAAUGCUGCACUGAUUUUGAAGGUGAAUAGAGAAAAGCAAGCGCUGGAGGUGGAUGAAGAGCUGGAGAAUGUGGAGCUAGAAGAGCUGCAAGACAUCCUGCCCUCACACCAGCCCAGGUUCAUUGUAUACAGCUACAAAAUGGAGCACAGUGAUGGACGGACAUCAUUUCCGAUGUGCUUCAUUUUCUACACACCGCGCGAUGCGCAUAUGGAACUGCAGGUGAUGUACGCGGCAACGCAGCGCGCCCUGGCGGCGGCCGUGGGCGCGCCGCGACUGCUGGAGGUGCGCGAGAUCGACGAGCUCACCAACGACUGGCUCAACGAGAAGCUGCAGAGAUAGACCCCGGCACACACACACACACACACACACAUCCGUAGAUAUACAGUACUACCAUAGAAUAAGGAUGGUACGUUAUUACCUACCAGAGGUUCGAUGAAGCCGUCUAGACAAAACAGUUGUAUCGGGACCUCCAUAGUGAUGACCAUGUCGGGCCAUUUACCACAAUGUCAAAGGUGUUGGUACUACUGUAUCUCCUUAUACUGUGGUACUUCCACUUUCAUAACUAACGCUGAUCUAGUACUACCAAUUUUAUAAGUCGCAUUGGCAAAAUUCGUUUGUGCAGAAAACCAGACUAAAACCGAAUGUACACCAAUGAAAUAUAGACCUUAUUUCUUGAACUUAAGACUUUAAACACAAGAACAACAGAGACUCGUGUUAUCUCAUUAUUCGCGCGUGCAAAACAUGGCGCGUAGGCAACAACCAAUAGCGGACGGCACGCGGAUUGGCUGAGACUUUUUCGAACCUGAAUAAUCAUAGGUCGACGCUAGCUACGCGCUGACCGUCAGUGCCGAUGAUCAGCGUAAAACAAAACCAGCCUUAUAUGCACUCGAUGUAUCGAAUAUGAGAAGAUAUAAAAAUAGCAAUAUUUUCUAUUGCCUUACUUUUAUAGUAUACUUGCCUAUAAAAAUAUACGUUCUCGAAGCUAAAGUGACCUAAAUCAAAAUUGAUCAUGUUUUUUUUUAAUGUUUUAGAGACCUUGUGGUCUAUAUAAUUGUCAAACAUAUCUAAUAAUAAUUUGAUAUGGGGGAUAUAAGUAAUGCAAAAACACAUUAAAAUCAGCUCAACAAUUUUGCACAUGAUGGUAGCAAACAAAUUAAUAAACACAUAUAAAUUUGAAGCCCAAAUGCAUAUUAUUGUACAGUCUCCGUUUCAUAGUGAGCAGAAAAAAUAUCAUUGCUUUAAUUUUGAAUAUAAGUCACUUUAGUUACAAAGAUGUGAAAAAUAACAGUUUAUUUUUUAUUAAGUGUGUGUAGUAUUAAUAGAAUUUAUUUGAUUACUAAAGUAAGUGGCAAAAGACAAUUAUAAAGUUAAAGUAAUUUAUUUAAUAAGUUAAAUAUGAAAUUAUUAUGCUUAAGUAAGGAAUUUGAUGUUACCAUGCCUUUACCUUCAAUGCCUUUUGGUAUUGAAAAGUGUUGUAGACUUCUGAGUUUAUACACAAUUUCAGUUGCUUGAUUGAUAGAAGAAAAUACUUGCCUUAUUAUACAUUCCAAAACGCUAGGAUCCAACAUUCGCUUUGCAACCGCUUUAUCAAACUGUAGGUGUGCCCACUGACCUCUACUAAUACGUACUAAAUACGCUGGACUUCCGAUUGCCGAUCUGUUUUUGAAGUGACUUGAUUUUCACCAUUUUGGCAGUAUGCAGUGAGCGUUAUGUAAGAGUACUCGGAACUAAAAGUUAGUAGUGAGACAUCUGUCAACAUGAAGAUCUUGUUUUGACAAUUUCAGUUUCCGGUACUCUCGAUGGGGCAACGGAUCGGCACAAAAAAAUAAUUAACAUGGAUCCACGAAAUCGCUUUUCACAAUAUAUUUUUAAAUUCCGCGGGGCCAUGUUAUCAAUGCAUAAAAUCGGUCAUGUGCAACUCUGACUCACACACGAAGGGUUCCGUACCAUUUUACAAGACAUACCUACCUACCUACGUACUUUUUAUUUUUUUAUUUGCAAGGCGGCCAUUUUGAAAUUUGCUGUUAUGAUUUUUUUCUUAUUUGUUGUUUUAGCGGCAAUACUCUGUGAAAAUGUGAAAUACUCUGUAAUUUCAACCUAUUACGGUUCAUGAGAUAGCCCGCUGACAGACGGAUGGACAGCGGAGACUUAGUAAUAGGGUCACCUAAUAAUUAAUUAAAGUGAAAUGUACGAACAUGACAUUUUUAUAGUGAUGAUUAUAUGCAUUUAUAGAUAUUUUGUAUUUGUAGAAACUUGUAGAGAUAAGUAAAACACUGCGAUUUGAUAACGUAUUUUAUUUAUAACAAUAUUUUUGUGUAUAUUUGAUUAUAAUAAAAAUAAAUUAACUUUUAAAA